UGUGAGCACACAAACAAGUCAGUUAGUGUGACAAUACCUUUCACCUUGAUCUCGAAUGAAAUGAUUCUGUGAGAUCUCUUGCAGCGGCUAAACCUUAAAACACAAGAUAAACAAACCGGCGCCUGAUCGAUAUGGUCUCAGUCUGCUUCUUUCUUGUACCCUUUUAGCUGAUUAACGCUAAACAAGGAUAUACCGUGACGCUUACGCUUUUAAACUUUACAGUCAGGACGUGCUGCUUAUUUAUAGCGACGAUUACAAAUAUUUAUGGUUGUCGAUUGAAACGCCAACUAUGCAGACACUAGAAAAUUUCCAAACAGUGUAUAAAUACAAACCGGAGAGAGAAAUACCUUUCCGGGAAAGAGCAAAAAAUAAAAUUACCACAGUAAAAUGUUCUCAAAUUUUCCUGUCCACCUUUCCCUUUUUUGAAUGGAUAAAAAAUUACAAAUUCAAGGAAUAUUUUGUAAAUGAUGUUGUGGCUGGUUGCACUAUUGGAAUAAUGCAUAUUUCUCAAGGUUUAGCUGCUUCAAUUCUUGCCGGAGUUCCGCCUAUUGUAGGUCUUUACAUGGCUUCUUUUUCUGCAAUAUUCUAUACCCUGAUGAGCACGUCCAGACACAUAUCAAUGGGAACUAUUGCUAUUGUUUGCAUCAUGAUGAAACCAAUAGUGUUAACUCACGCCAAACCAGAAACUAUUGACAAUAAUUUUGAAACACCACCAGGCCUAUCAUGGUCCGAGGCAUUUCAAAAGCCUGAAAAUUAUGAGCUGACCAGUGUCCAGGUAGUCGUGGUAGUCUGCUUUGCAGUUGGAAUUUGGCAGAUCCUGAUGGGAGUUUUUCGUUUGGGAAUAAUUAGCGUGAUUUUGUCUGACACUUUGGUCAGUGGAUUUUCAACGGCGGGCGCCACUCACAUCAUGUUCUCCCAGCUAGGAAGUCUUUUUGGAGUCAAUGUUGGAAAACAUAGCUCCAACUUCAAAAUAAUUCUCAUUUCCAGAGACAUUAUUACUAACAUCCGAACCAUGAAUCUUGUAAGCUUUGGUAUUUCUAUGAGUGUGAUGGCAGUGCUAAUAAUUUUCACUGAGAAAAUAAAGCCACGCUUGGACAAAAGAUUUCACUUCCCCUUUCCAAUUGAGAUGGUUUGCGUGAUUGUGUGUAUUGUAAUUUCAAUGGCUUUUGACCUCCAAGGUAAAUACGGCGUCAAAUGCUUUGGCACAAUACCGAGAGGAUUACCACCUCCAAGUUUGCCAGCCUUUUGGUUGCUACCACAAGUAGUCGUCCAAAGCUUGCCAGUCGCCAUCGUUGCCUUCACCAUCACAAUUUCCAUGGCAAAGAUUUUAUCAAAAAAGGGCCACUACAAGAUCGAAGCAAAUCAAGAAUUUCUCGCCUACGGCUGCUCAAAUGUAUUUUCCUCAUUUUUCUCCUGCAUACCGGUCGCCGGUUCGAUGUCGAGGAGUUUGGUUCAGUUCAAUGUUGGAGGCAAGACGCAAAUUACAAGUCUGGUAUCGAGUGCUUUUGUGAUGCUUGUAAUGGUUGCCAUCGGGCCACUUUUUGAACCUUUGCCAACGUGCGUGCUUGCUGCAAUUUUGAUCGUUACUUUGAAAGGAAUGUUUUGGCAGGUGAAAGAUUUCCCAAAAAUUUUAAGACGGUCCAAAGUGGACGGUUUUGUCUGGAUUGGAACUUUUUCAGUUGCAAUUCUCUGGGAUAUUGACUUUGGUUUAGCUUUCGGUCUUUUUCUCUCGGCUGCCUCUGUUCUCCUCUACGCUCAAAAGCUGAAAGUCUGUGUUUUGGGAAAGGUCCCCUUCAGUGAUAUUUAUCUCGACGUGCAACGCUACUUAAUCGUGGAGGAGGUUCAAGGAAUAAAGAUAAUUCGCAUUUCGGGAAGUUUGCACUUUGCAAACAAAAAUCAGCUUGAGACAAAAAUCACAAAAUUGGUUCUGGGGAAAACCAGUGAAAAGAGGAAAUACAGGGAUGACAAGAAAUUUGACACAACUCAUGAAUCAAGUGGUCUGGCGCCGAUUUUACAAGUAGUUUUGGAUUUUUCUGGAGUAUCCUUUGUCGACUCCUCAGCUACGGCAUCGUUGAAAAUGCUCAGGGACGAUUUUCUUAGCAAGUUUGGACUUCAAAUGUACCUGGCCAAUUGCCCUGCUGCAAUAUUUGAGGCUCUGGUUAAGCUAGAAUUUUUCACGCCGUCCUUCAAACAAUGUGAACGCAUUUUUCCUACUAUUAAUGAUGCAGUAUUAUUUAUUCAAGAACAAACAGAGAAAUUUCACGAUGAAGUUAUUAAUUUGUGAGUGGUUAACUCUGGAAAGUGUAAUUAAUAUUUAUUACUAUAGUUAAUGGAAAAAAUAAUUAUUUUAGCACAUUUACUUGUAUGUUAAAAAAAUUGGCGAUAAAUAAUUAAGCAAAGCUA